AUGUCUCAAACUAUUGUGGAGCUACACUGGUUUCCGAAGUACUCGGAUCGGUUCCUAACAGCGGCCAGCUCUGAAAUCAAUCUCUACCAGGUGAAGCGCGAUCUCGUCGAUCAUGGGGAGAAAACAAACAUUAACCUGGACAUCUCGAAAACGACCACUGCCACGUUGAUUGCCUUCGAGACGCGCUAUCAAUUCGUGCGUACCGUAGCACCGUCGUACCAUGGUGGAGGAGACAUCUAUUUUGCUGCCGGGUUGCCCAACGGAAAGGUGGCGUUAUGCAACUUUGCUCCCGAGCACAAUGUGGAAUUCACGCCCCGGAUCUCGAGAGCGUGCACGUGCAUUGCGUGGAGCGAACUGGAACCAAACUUUCUGGCGAUGGGCCACGAUCGCAAUCGGUCGGACAAUUGUAUCACCAUCUGGGACACGGAGCGCGGCGUUCCGAAUCAAUCGUCAAUCGUGAGUAUGGUGGGACUGUCGGAAACGGCGCAUUCCGUUUGCUGGGACAAGACCUUUCCCCAGGUGUUGAUUGCCGGCAUGAGCCACAAGUACAUCAAGAUGAUGGACUUCAGACAGAAUCCACCGGUGACGACGGUCGCGAACACGCGAACGGUGAACGGUGUUUGCGUCGCGCCCAAUGGUCGGUAUUUGGCAAGCUAUGUCGAAAACAUUAUCAAUCUGUGGGACCUGCGGUCACUGGAGAAACCGAUUAGCCAAAUACAGAUGCAGAAAAGCAUCAGCCAGCUCGCCUGGUGCCCAACCCGAUCGUCCGUCCUGUCCACGUUGCAGCGCGAUUCGCCGCUGAUCAAUCUGAUCGAUCUGCACUGGCCCGGCUCGGAGAUGGACGGUGGUGAGCCGCACUCGGUUAAGCGGUUCGUUUCACCGUUUCAAACGACAGCCAGUACGAGCACAACCAGCCGGAUACCCUCGAUGGCGCACCUGUCGUGGCAUCCGUACGAGCUAGAGAGGAUGCUGGCACUAUCGAGUGUGGGCAAUAUCUGCGAUUACCGUAUCCCGCAACGGGUGGCCGUUUCGUGGGAUAACAACAAUAAUCUGUUCGGCAAUAAUGGCACCGAUCUGCGUCAAUUUGCGACACCGACACGUUCCUCAACGCCAACCGAUUCACUGAACCAGUGGACGAUGGAUAGCUGUGAGGAGGAUAUUGCGGAAACGAUGCAACACCGGGCCCUGAAGAACUACGGUCUGAUGGCCGAUCUGCACCGGAACGGGGAGCUGGUGGAGAAGAACGAUGGGCUGCAGUCGGUUUGGCGAAUGUUGAGCCACAUGGUGAAGGAAGAUUGCAAGCUGGGACUGAAGGCCAUUCUCGGUGUGAGCAGCGCUCUGGACGGGCCACCGAUGUCCCAGUCGGAACCGGUCAAUACCAAGUGGGUCGACUUCAGUAUGUGCAGCGGGCUGGUGGUGUACCGUAGUCAGCAGCGCGACGUUGCCCAGCUACUGUGCGGUUGGACAUUCGAGCGUGACAAGGAGGGUUCGUUUGCUGCGUUCCUCGAUGAACUUUGCGCCAAACGCGAGUACACCCGGGCGGCCCUGUUGGCGUGUUUUCACUUUCGUGUGCGUCUGGCGAUCGACAUCUUGGGUCGGGGAGCCGAUCAGGCAUCGGAUCCCAGCUCGUUGCUGCGUGUAGCGGCCAUCGCUUUGUCCGGCUUCUCGGCCGAACGGUCCGAGCUGUGGCGCAAGCAGUGCGGUGCUGCGCGCACGCAGAUCGAUGAUCCAUAUCUGAGGUGCAUGUUUUCCUUUUUGGCCCACGAAAAGGAGGGCUUCGAAACGGUGACAAACGAGACGCAGAUCUCGCUCAGCGAUCGGAUGGCGUUCGCGUGCAACUUUCUGUCCGAUCUGAAGCUGGCCGAGUACACCAAGGGCAUGGUGGCGAACUGCAUCGAGACGGGAGAUUUGAACGGGCUGUUGCUGACCGGUGCAACGAACGAUGGCAUCAAUCUGCUCCAGAGUCACCUGGACCGUACGGAGGACGUGCAAACGGUGGCGCUUGUGGCCGCACGGUUCCUCACGUCCGAACUGCUGACUGACUAUCGCGUCCAGUACUGGGUUGCCACGUACCGCGACAUGCUGGACGUGUGGGGCCUGUGGGAACAACGGGCACAGCUGGACAUCACACUCGGCAGCAUUCGGACACCGCCGCGCAGUUCACGGUCUGUGUUUUUGUUGUGCAAUUUCUGUGGUAAAAAUGUUUCAAUGGCCCUCCAGGACGAUGCCCGGCUGCGAGGCAAUGCCACCAGUAUGCACAAGCUUUCGUCCUGUCCACAUUGCCGCAAGCCGCUCCCGCGGUGCGCCCUUUGCUUGCUGCACAUGGGCACCACGAUGGGCGCCAUAUCGCAGAGCCAAGCGAUCCAGGGUCAGAUCGGUUGGCAGUCGAAGCCGUUUUCCAAGUGGUUCAGCUGGUGUCAGACUUGUCGCCACGGUGGCCACACCGAACACUUGACCGAGUGGUUCAAUCAAAACACCGAGUGUCCGGUAACGUCCUGUAACUGUAAGUGCUUUGCCAAGGAUCUGCCGAUGCCCCAGUUUCCUCGCGAAAAGGACUGCGUUUCCUGACACCAGCUGUCGACGCUGUUCUAGGAGCUAUGGUUCCAGCCACGCUGAAUGUGUUCCUACCUACGUGCUACCGCCGGCCAGCCUCGCCAGCGAUAUGUGCGAUAGAAACGAGUGCAGUUUUUACGCGCGCGUGUGUGUUAUUGUCUGUAAGCGUUGUGUUUUUAAUU